CCUGUCGACACGCAUCGUUGUUGACUGAUAUCAAAGAUGGCGACUGGAACCGCGUAAAUUGGUGAAUCCGUAGAGUGACACAGAGAGACGGGCAACCCUGUUGAAAAAAAAGAGAGAUCAUGGCUUUUGAGGAGAUCAAGAAGAAAGGAGUAGUUGAGGUAGGGAUGGAAGGGGAAGUGGGGCUUGUGGCUGGUCGCAGUCAGAGAGAGAAGAGGAGAUCAUACAAGGACCUGCUUAGGGAGGAGGAGGAGAUUGCUGCACAGGUCCGCAAGUCCUCCAAGAAACGGCCCAAGGACUCAGAACUUUUCUUAUUGGGAGGGGACUCCCACAAGAAGAAGAAAAAGCACAGUGAAGACUACUAUUACAGAGACCAGCAAGGCUCAGGCCCACCUCCCCACAAGAAGAAGCGAAAGUCGUCAGACCACUCCCCUUCCCUGUCCUCCUCGUCUUCCUCCCAUCCCACAGACACAGCCAUGGGACUCCUACAGGCCAUCACCUCCCCUAUGGCCACAGGCUCAGACCCGAGCCCACACCUGCACAAGAAGCCCUCCUAUCCCUCCUUCUCUUCCUCCCACUCCUCCAAAGACCGCAAACGUGAUGGGAGCACCGGAGGAAGCAAAGGCAGCCACUCCUCUCAUUCCCGCCCUAUGUCCUCAUCAUCCUCUUCCAAAAAGCACUCCUCCAAGUCGUCGUCUCUGUUCCAUGGUGGUACCGGUACCCCUAAAGGAGAUCUCCUGAACAUACGUGAGCCGGAUGGGCUGAGGAUGAAGCUCAUGGUCUCGCCUAAGGAGAAGGCCGAAGGAGAGGGCUUUCCCUUCCCUCCCCACUCCUCCUCAUCCUCAAAAGGGGGGAUAAAAAAGGACAAGGACAGAGACCGGAAACAGCUCUCUAAAGUCCCCAAGAAGAUGCAGCAGAGCCGAGAUCCACUGCCUGUUGUGGGGAAAGAAGUGGAGGUGGAAGGGCACUACGGUGGGGGUAUGGGGGGAGACAGCUCCUCCUCGGGGGGCGAACUGGAGGCAGGAGAGCUGGUGAUAGACGACUCGUACAAGCAUCUGUCAAAGAAAAAGAAGAAGAGCAAGAAAAGCAAGAAGAAAAAGGAGAAAGAGAAGGACAGAGAGAAAGACAAAGGCGGGAGAGAGAAGAAGCACAGCAAAGGAUCAGGAGGGGACCCAUCGAGAGGCCACACCCACACCCAUGGCUCAGCCAAUCACUCUGCAGCUGGUGGAAUGUAUGCCAUGGGGGCCCCGAUCCCUACUCCCAUCCUUACUCACCAUCAUCAAAGUAAUGAAGUAGCAAUGAUGGAGAAGAAGAAAAAGAAGGAGGAGAGGGAAAGGGAAAAGCACGAGAAGGAGAAAGAUAAGCCUAAGAAGAAGAACACAACAGCGUACCAGGUGUUCUGUAAAGAGUACAGGGUCAACAUCAAUGCAGAGCAGCCGGGACUAGUGUUUGGGGAGCUGAGCAAAAAGUUGGCAGAGGUGUGGAAACAGCUCCCAGAAAAAGACAAACUGGUGUGGAAGCAGAAAGCUCAGUACCUGCAGCACAAGCAGAACAAAGCUGAGGCCACCACAGUCAAACGCAAGAGCUCCACAGAUGGAGUCAAAAGCAAAGGCUCUAUGAAGGGCAUGGGGCUGGGAGCAGGGCUGGUGUCCCCCAACCGGGUGUCUGUGGGUGUGUCCCUGUCACCAGCACGGGUCCCUGAUGUCGACCCCAUCGAUGCGGCCGCCCACCUGCAACUACUGGGAGAGUCCCUGUCCCUCAUCGGCCACCGAUUACAGGAGACAGAGGGGAUGGUGGCGGUGUCAGGCAGUCUCUCUGUACUGCUGGACUCCAUCUUGUGUGCCCUGGGACCCCUGACCUGCCUCACAGCACAGAUCCCCCAGCUCAACGGAUGUCCCCGCCAAGUCUUGUCCAACACAUUGGACAACAUUGCCUACAUCAUGCCAGGGCUGUGAAGCCAACAGAAACAUUCCUUUCCCGUCUACUGAGUGUCCUCGCCAUGAAGUAAAAUGUUUGGAGUGAGAGUGCCCAUUAUAGAAGCGUGGCUUGGGAUGCAGACUAUUAUUUAUGCAGCAAGACAUUGGAAAACGUGGAUAUUAAUAGUUUCAACAAGUUUUUAAAAUGUAUUUUAAAAUUAGUUAAUUUCUUCUUCUUUUUUUACUGAAACCUAUUUUAAUGAACACUCUUUUCUUUACCUCUGGCAUAUCUGUUAGCAUCUUCAGAUUUAACUGUAUGUUCUUGUGGGUGUGGGAAUGUGUGCGGGCGUGUGUGUUUUCUGUGUGUAUACAGUAUCUCCAGAGGCUAGUUUUUACCCAAAAGGACAAACCAGGGCCCAAGUCCACCAUUGUUCCUCUUCCAUCAACGUACCAUGAAAAUAAUAUAUUUUGACAAUUAUUCAUGUUUGUUUUACCACUUAAUUGCAUAAUGACUUGCUCUUUUGUAUAUAUGCUAUUUUACUGAGUAUUAAGGUUUAGAUUUUGACUGUAGAAUGAAAUUUGUAUACGGUAGAAACAUUUUGAGGCAACUGCAAUCAAACUACUGUUGUGGUAUUUGUAUACAGUAUGGAAAUGUUGACAAUAAAAAUGACAGUGUCAACAUGCAGACUGAGCAUAGCAGACUUAUAUGACUGGUAUGUACCACCACCACCUUCUUUCAACUACAGCUGUUGUUCUGACUCCUAAACACAAACCAAUGAAUGAAUAAGGCUUGUAUAUAUUGUAACAAACCAUUGUAGUGUAUCAUGAUAAUUUACAUUUUAAGGCCAGUUAUACCUACAACUGAAAUUGCUAUUUUUAAGUGAGUAAAGGGAAUUGUACAUGAACUGCAGCAGCUGCUCGUGAAUCAUCAGGAUCCUUGUCAGAUUGAGGAUGAUGUGCUCUUUUCUACAGAGUAGAACUAGAACACUAUGUCUGUCUGUGCUUCCACAUGCCUCUAUGCCCCAGCCAGGGAGGAAUGCAAAACCUUCCCUAAUGAAGUACUUUGAAUUCUCUGUU